AUGAUCCCUGGGAACCAGACCCCAGUCAGUGAGUUCAUCCCGCUGGGUCUGUCCGAGCGCUCGGAUUGGCAGCUGGCUGUCUUCGGGCUGAUCCUGGCCAUGUACCUACUCACGGUCACUAGCAACACCCUGAUCAUUACGGUCACCCUGAUUGACCCCAAGCUGAAGGCCCCCAUGUACUUCCUGCUCAACCGGUUGUCCUUCGUGGAUAUGGCCUUCACCUCCAUCACUGUCCCGCAGAGGCUAGCCCACGUCCUCUCCACUAGCAAGGCCAUCCCCUUCACCAACUGUCUGACCCAGCUCUUCUUCAUCCUGCUCGUCGGCCCCAUGGAGGGCUACCUGCUGGCCGCCAUGACCUAUGACUGCUACAUGGCCGUUUGCGACCCACUGUGGGCGCACCUCGCCUUCUGCUCCCUCCGCAUCCUGCAAUUCUUCUGCGCCAUCACGCCCAUGCUCCAGCUCUCCUGCAGCCGCCCCUUCCUCAAUGAGAUGCUCACCUUCACCGAGGGCAUGACCAUCAUCCUGAGGCCUUUCAUCUUCAUUCUGCCAUCCUACGCCCGCACUGGGGCCACUGUGCUAUGCCUGCGCUCCGCCGCGGGGCUGUGCAAGGCCACGUCCACUGUGGCUCUCAUGUGCUGGUGGUGA